GCCAGCACCCGAGCACCUCCACCACCAGCCUGCCUGCCUGCCUCAGUGGCCUCCCCCGCCUAAGGCUCACUCUCUAAUAGACCAGCGCCACCCGCUUCGCCAGUGCCAGGACGCGCGCGCAGCACAGGACAUGGGCAACGCCGUGCCGCCGCGCGCGUGCCGCGAUGAGGCCGGCACGUCCGGAGGGAGGCGGCGCCGUCGCCCCAAUCCCAAGGACGUCGCCACCGGCACCGAGGCCGCGGCUCCUUACUACGACGCGGCGCCGAGGCGCACGGCCGUCACGUCGCGCAAGCAGCGGGACGAAGCUGAGCAGGAGUACGAGCAGCCGGCGCGGGCGGGGCGUCGUCGAGCGGGGGCGGUCUCGUGGGCGGGCGGCGGCGCCGCCGGCAAGGCCCCGGGCGCCACGGUAGCGACGGUGAAGAUCGUGCUGAGGAGGAAGGACGCGGAGGCGCUGGUGGCGAGGCUGAACGCGCAGGGCGCGCGGGAGCGCAAGGCCAGGAUGGCCGAGCUCAAGGGCGAGCUCCGGGCCGUGGACUGCGGCGGCGGCGGCGGCGGCGGCGCGAGCCCGGCGUCGUGCCGGGACGCCUGGAGGCCGCGGCUCGCGCCGAUAAAGGAGAACUAGUUUUGGCGCGCGCAGCUUACUAGCUUAGUGUCCUUCGUUGCUGCUGCGGUUAGGAGUACUCCGUAUUAGUUCUUGCCUUCUUGGUCACCCGACCCGACUAUGUGCUGUACGUGCAGUGGAAAGAGGUGGCAACCAGUUGGAUGAGAUCAGCAUGCAUGUUUGCUGCAGUAUUGUAAUCGAUGUGUAUCCCAGCUGGUUCAUUAACAAGAUCAUCGGUGGAGUGAUUUUUAUGUUAGAA